UCCCUUCGUCCGGGGGCGGGGCGUGUGGGGCCUUAUUGCUGCGCGGGUCCUCCCCGCCCUCCCCACAGCCAUGGAGUCCCGCGCCUCUGUCCGCUUGCGCGUCGUGCUGAGCCACCUGGGUCGCCCCUCGGCGGGGCUCCUCGUGGCUCACCCCACUGCUGAGACUGCUUAUCCUGCCAAUUUCCAUACUCAACAAUUUCAGUAUACGCUGGAUAAUAAUGUCCUAAGUCUAGAACAAAGAAAAUUUUAUGAAGACAAUGGAUUUCUUGUCAUUAAAAAUCUAGUGUCUGAUGCUGACAUCGAACGCUUUCGGAUGGAGUUUGAAAGAAUCUGCAGAGAAGAGGUGAAACCUCCAGGCAUUAUGAUAAUGAGAGAUGUGUCCAUUGCCAAGUCGGAGUUUGUUCCUGAUGAGACAGUGGUUUCAAAGGUGCAAGAUUUCCAGGAAGAUGAGGAACUCUUCAGAUACUGUACCCUUCCAGAGAUUGUAAAGUAUGUGGAGUGCUUCACUGGACCCAACAUCAUGGCCAUGCAUACAAUGCUCAUAAACAAACCUCCAGACACAGGCAAGAAGACUUCCCGGCACCCCUUGCACCAGGAUCUGCACUACUUUCCCUUCAGGCCCAGUGACAGCAUCGUCUGUGCUUGGACAGCCAUGGAGCACACUGACCGGAACAAUGGCUGUCUGGUUGUGAUCCCAGGCACACACAAGGGGCCCCUGAAGCCACAUGCUUAUCCCCAGUGGGAGGGAGGAGUGAACCUCAUGUACCAUGGGAUCCAAGACUAUGAGGAAGACAAUAAGCGAGUGCAUCUGGUGAUGGAGAAGGGAGACACAGUUUUCUUCCAUCCUUUGCUCAUCCAUGGGUCUGGUGAGAAUAAGACUCAAGGCUUCCGGAAGGCAAUUUCCUGUCACUAUGCUGGUGCCAAUUGCCACUACAUCAGUGUGAAAGGCACCAGUCAAGAAAUCAUCGAGAAGGAAGUUGUUGAGUUAGCAGACAAGCUCUACGGAAUUGAAAAGGGUGCAGUACAGUUCCAGGAUGUGUGGAGUUUUCGAGCACGGCUGGUGAAAGGAGAAAGAAUCAACCUUUGAAUGAGUCCUUUGCUCUUCUAAGGAAAAUCAAAAUGAAACAAUAUGCCCAGGAAAAUGGUGUCUUAGUGAGAAGAUGUGAUCUCUUUUCCCACCUUGAGUGGGUAUUUCCUGCCUAUGGUUAAUUCUGCAAAUUUGUUAAGACAAUAAGUAGACUGUUAAAAUAUUAAGAAAAACUAAAUUAGUUUGAACCAAUAAAGGUGACUGGUGUACAAUUCCA